AUGGCGGACCGAAGAGAAGGCCAGGGGGAACCUGAAAGUGAAGACGAGGCCUACGAGGUGGUGGACCUGACAGAAUAUGCGCGCAGCCACCAGUGGUGGAGCCGGCUGUUUGGGAACAACUCGGGCCCCAUUGCAGAGAAAUACUCUGUGGCUACUCAGAUCGCCAUGGGUGGGGUAACCGGUUGGUGUGCUGGAUAUGUUUUCCAGCGGGUAGGCAAGAUGGCUGCCACGGCUGUCGGAGGAGGGUUUCUGUUACUACAGAUUGCCAACCAUAGCGGUUACGUCCAGGUGGACUGGAAGAAAGUGGAAAAAGACGUCAACAAAGCAAAGAAACACUUGAAGAAAAAGGCCAACAAGGCAGCACCUGAAAUAAACACGUUUAUCGAAGAGGCCACAGAGUUUGUGAAGAGGAACAUCGUCGUGUCCAGUGGCUUUGUGGGAGGUUUCCUGUUGGGCCUGGCCUCUUAGAGAGCCUCGCUGGGUGAAAACUCAGGCCGCGGCUAGCCUGCAGCGUCAGGCUGGGACGCCAUCGCGACUGUGAACUGUACUCCUCUCUUCCUCCUUUGGGUGAAUGGGGUACAAUGUAAAAACCUGCUUGGGUCUGUUCACACCCCUCCUGUCAAUCAAAUCUGUGAAUGGGUUUUCCAACCCAUCCUUGUUUUGGCAUUUUGGUUGGACCUGAGUGAUUGGGUGAAAUAUUGUGGGUCUCUUGAGUCAGUUAUGAGGUAGCUGGGACAGUGCCAAUGACACAAAUCCUUACUUUAUCUGUAAGUGCAAACUACGAAAUGAAAACACGCUAAAUAAAAAGUCCACCCUGAACGGACCCAGACAAACAUUAUGUAUUGGCACAAUCUUUAACCCUAUGCCAGCAUGCUGGUAUUACAUACACUGGCACGUGUAGACUGCUGUCAACAGAAGUGGGCAGUUGUAAACCUGCCAUGUUGUGAUCUCUAUAACGUUAACUGUGUUUGUCAUUAUUAAUAAUCCUGUACAUCUGUAAGAGAUCAAGAAAACAGGACACUUGAUUAUCUCUAUACUUAAGGAAGAUGUAAUUUGUCAAGUUGCUAUUUAGACAUGUUACUUUUUUUUUUUCCCCCCUCCCAUGGUUCAGUAUUUAACUGAAGUUGAGGUGUUACAUUGUUUGUGAAAAUAUUCACUCUGGUUGUUUUCUAUUGCCAUACUGUUUCCUUUUUUAUUUCUAUGCUGGAGUUUCUGUGUGCAUUCAGUCAACACACUGGUUCUGACUGGUACAAGUGUAGUUACAAAUAAAGGUUCUUUUUUUUU